CGGCCUGGCGGCCGGCCGAGGACGAGGGUCGGCAGGGGCUGCCCCCGCAGUGGUGGCCGCCAUGCUGAAGCCCCGGGCAGCCGAGGGAGCCGCUGUGGCGCUUCUCCGGCUGCUGCUGCUGCUGCUGCUGUUGCCGCCGGAGCUCCGGGAUCGGGGGCUCGGCGUGGCCGGCGCCGCUGGGGCCGGACUGCCCGAGAGCGUCAUUUGGGCAGUGAACGCAGGCGGCGAGGCGCAUGUGGACGUGCACGGGAUCCACUUCCGCAAGGACCCUCUGGAAGGCCGGGUGGGCCGAGCCUCAGACUAUGGCAUGAAACUGCCAAUCCUGCGCUCCACCCCAGAGGACCAGAUCCUCUAUCAGACAGAGCGGUACAAUGAAGAGACUUUUGGCUACGAAGUACCUGUCAAGGAGGAGGGGGACUAUGUGCUGGUGUUGAAGUUUGCUGAGGUUUACUUCGCACAGUCUCAGCAGAAGAUGUGCCAAAGCUGCAGCCUCAUCCAGGAUUGGAGAAGAAAGAAGAGGAGGAGGAAGAGGAAGAAUAUGAUGAGGGGUCUAAUCUCAAAAGACAGACCAACAAGAACAGGGUGCAGUCAGGCCCCCGCACACCUAACCCCUACGCCUCGGACAACAGCAGCCUCAUGUUUCCUAUUCUGGUGGCCUUCGGAGUGUUCAUUCCAACCCUCUUCUGCCUCUGCCGCUUGUGAGAACAAAUGACCAUCCUCAGCAGGGUGGAUGGGAGGGGAAAGAAACCAGCCAUGUUGGUUUCUGUAUUCUUCACAGUGUUUUGCAAAAGAGAAACCAAGUCAAACAGCACACACACACGCGCACGCGUGCGCGCGCGCACACACACACACACACACACACACACACACACACACACACACACACACGAAAAGAGAUAAGAGAAGCAGUGUGAGUGGGGUCGACCCACCAACAUUGGCCGCAGAGCUGCUCAGUCCUACUCUGCCUAGCUGGCCCCCAGCGCUCUUUUCCUAUGGGGUACUUAGGUGAGUGGAUCCUUUUUCUCCAAGGAUCCUCACUAUAUAUAUACCUAGUAGAGAGGACUCUGAACUCGGAGCAGUCACAGCUCCUGGUUUUUUAGGUUAGACAUUAACAAACAGCGGGAAAAUGUCACCUAGCCUGGAAAGACCUCAGUGGGAGUUGGGUGUGUUCUGAGUUUAUGUCCAAAUGUGGUUUCAGAAUUCAUGGUAUUCCAAGUAUGUGCGUGGAGGUAAGGACAGGAAAAAGCAAAGGAUUGGAAAAGAGUCAGUGUGUCCUUCCUGGGAAGCCUUCCUAGGUUGAUCUGUGGACGGCUCCGCCUCACGCCCCUUCAUUGUCAUCCCAUCUUGGUGUGGCCAGUUAGAGGGCCAUCUGGUGCCCAGGACGACUAGUGUGUGUCGAUCCUCAGAUCACCUACAGCUCGUUACUCAACAAAUGGUUUUGAUUUCAGUGCCUGUUGAGGAUUUGAUUUCUUCUCGAUUUUUCUCUUACUCUGGUUCAUCUGAAAUUUCUCACUUCUCAACCAUAGAGCUAAGUCAUUGUCAAAACUGGGCAGGAGAUAGGACAUUGGCGUUCUCUCUGCUGGGGUGUCUGACCCUCCACCACCUCACUUGUUGGUACCUCCCUCCCUGAGUUCCUGAGCCAGCAGCUCUCACUGGCCCUCCGUAGGGUCGUGUUGCCAGGGGACAGGGAUGCUUUCCAGCCUGCAGCAACAGAACACUUGACCUUAAAAGUCUCUUCUGGUCUUUGGAUUAGAAAAGGCUUAUGUUAGCAACCUCAGAGACUUGAGCCCUGCUAAGUGACUGACCACUGUUUAGAAUGUCCAGAAUCUAAUGUCCAUCUGUCCCCGUGUCCUCUGUCCUCUUUCAGCUAGUUUAGGCUUAUGCCUAGAGUCACCCCAAAGAACUGAGACUGGCUGCACCAGCCCAGCUGUUUUCCUCAUUGAUCAGAACAGUACGCUCUGCUGCCCUCUCCUCCCCGUCCAGUAGCAGUUAAGUUCCAUCCAAGUACGAUGGGACUGAAAGACUCCUCGUCGGCCGUAGUUCUGGAGGCUCUGAAUGUCUAACUUUAGCAUCAAAGUGUCUGUCUCAAAUUCCCAGUAAACACCUCUGUAGGAGAUGAAGUUUCUGUGUCCCCCAUCUUUCUUUUGGUCACCUUCAUCUGUCUGUCAGUUAGGCACAGUGAGGGACAGCCCAGCUGCCAUGGAAGGGGUUUUCUAGGUCAGAAGCAGCGGGGUUUGCUCAGCUUGAGUUGGAGCGGUGUCAGUCUCAGGCCAGGCCCAUAUUUCUGAAUGUGUUUAAAUUUUAGGUCUGCCUUAUCAGACAUUUGAGCUGUGUGAUGUGGUAGCUCUUGGGCCAUGUCUUGACUUUGCCUUCUAAUGGUGACUCCAGGCCAGCACUCAGUCAUUUGAGAACUGUCGUCUAUUUUCUCUGUGACUCAGGCUAGCCCUAGGGUACUGAAUUGGCAGUGCACGGCUGUGGCCUGAAGUUGCUGUCAGGAGCACUUCCUGGAGGGCUUGCAAAGGUCCUGCUUCUACAGGAUGAGGUACUACCGGUCUUGGGGACGACCUGCCUUGGGCAGCAGAUGUCCUGACUAAUGGGGCAGCUGCCAGUGGCUGUGGGUCCUGGUCCAUCACUAUUUACAAACCUAUGGGCCACUGUCAGCACAUUAAAGGAGAAGAGGGAGAACAGCUGCCUCUCGUUGCCUUGUUUGCCUGGGUCUCUGGGGAGGGAGGGGUCCUGCUUUCUCACCCCAACCCAUCCCUUUGGUGACUCAGAGUCGCAGAAGGAAACCCUGACUCCUGGGGCCAUUUCCUAAUGGUACUGUAAGCCAAGCAGCUCAGUUUCUGCCUCUGUUUCCAAGCCCACCCCUUCCCAGAGGGAUAGGGACAGGGUCUACUGGCUUUCCUCCAGUUGUGUCUAAACGGAAGGAACAUCUUUCUGUAGCUGACAAAACUAAAAGGGAAGCCACGAAACAGAAGGAAAGGAGUGUGGCAGGGGCUGGGGUAGAUUCCCCUAAGCCAAGCCCGCCCAGCUACUAAGAGCUGCUUCUCCUUGAACUUGAAAGCUUUUCCCUUCCUCCAAGAUGAUGUAGGUACGGGAGGUUUGGGUUAAAGGGGUUGGGUGGGGCAGGCUUUAUUUUUAUUUUCGUAUUGUGUGUGUCAAGAAUGACUCCAUUGUUCAUGUUGCUUUUUGCACUGUUUGUUCCCCUCUGUGUUUUGAGCUAGAACAAGGAGUUUGCCUGGGAUUGGGAGCUGUGAGUGGUGCCAGUCGGGGAGUGGGCUGGAGAGGCUCAGGGGUUCUGUUUUGAGCUAUCCUCUGGCCCGGGAUGUAGAGAGAAGGACAAGAUAGCAGAGGGUGGCUCUGUGAAUGUUUUGGGAGGAGCAAUUGAGGACAGCUGGGUUGAGUCUGCAGGUUCAGUGUGGAUGAGGUCAGUCAGGGGCCAGCUGGCCUCUGCCUGCUUGCUUUAGGUCUUAUUCAAACUAUCUUAAGUAUUGUGCCAAGAAAUGGUUUGUGGGACUCAUGUCCCCUAAACCAUUAAAUCUGUUGUUUGGAAAGUCUGCAGUCCUGAGGAGGAGCUGCUCACUAGACACCCACAGAUCUGGCAGUUUAGAAGGCAGCCCUCAAGGGCCCAUCGUGUGAGAGGCACUGCCUGUUGACUAAGUAUGUGACCUUUUUUUCCUGCUCCUGCUGAGUAGGAGAUCCCAGGGUCACGUGAACCUCAGUGAGAUGGGUAGGGUUGAGCUGUGUUUGACUCCUGCGUUGUGUGGCUGGGAGCAGUUUUAGAAUUGUGGUUUGACUUUUUAAUUUUGAGAAGCUUCUGUUUUAAGGAAUUUCUCCUUCUUGUCUCAUUCCCGCCUCUGCUGGGAAAGCCUGGCCUGGUCUAGAGUCUUAGCUAAGGAUCUGAGAAAACAGCCGCAGUAUUUCCUUCUCUUAGCACUCAGAGCCCUCUUCUUAGAAACUGGCUCACCUUUCGGAGUCCAGGGAGGAGUCAGUAGGGAGUCAGUGGGUUCUCUCUCCUCCCUGGGAACUGGUCAGCCCCGGUCAGCACAGUGCCUUUUCCUCUCCUGCUCUGAGUCAGGUGGGCAUCCCCUCUAGAUUCAGGUCUGGGCAGGGGUCUGAUAGUCCCUGCUGUGGGCUGUUUCCCUUUCUCUCCCCCUCCUUGCUGGCCUACUCCGACAUAAUUCAAGUGUCUUCUUGCCUUGGGGAACCUUAAUGGAGUUGUGGCCACCACAUGUGACACUUCUCUGUGACUCUAUAAAGACCUAGGAGAGCAUGUGAGCAUUUUCAAAUGAGAGACCUAACAGAUGCUUCUGCUGUUAAAAGACAGCUAGGGAGGUGACUUUGGGUCUCCUGCUGUGGCCUCUGAAGAAGGUGAUUCUCAGGUGAGACUGAAGAUACACAGACAGACUGCAGACACCCAGGAUCUGCUCAGAGAUGGCAGAAGAGUUCAGCCUCUCCUCUAGGGAAGAUGUAAUUAGGGAUCAAAGAGUGCUAAGAAAAUUGCAAAGAAGCCUUACUGCUCACGCAGAGAGCUCAGGGCAGCUUUAUCCUCCAGGUGGAACUAAAACUGUUAGAUUCUCCAACACAGGAGAGGAGCAAGGGCUAGGUUUCCUGAUGAUGGUAGCUGACUAGCGUAGUGCUGUGGUCAGUUGCCAGGGAGGGCCAGUUCCUUUGUAUGUGUAUGGCUUGCUGGCCGGCCGAUGUGUCUUUCCUGGGCUGCUUUUGCCUCCUUUGCUCUCCGUGGCCAGAUCAUCGUGGUAAGAGCAGACUUGGGGACUGGUUGGCUUGGCAGGAAAAGAACAGAGCGCAUCUCUUGGGAUGGGCUUCUCUCAGGAGUGUAAAACCAAGGGGCCGGGAACAGUAGUGCCUGUGGAAGCUGGCAGAGAAGCCUUGGCGCUCACAUCCAGCAGUCUUGUGUGACGGGAGCACGCAGCAUCGGGAAGAGCAGAACUCCAUCCUCACCUCUAUUUUGAGCUUCGUGCUUUAUUUCAGUCUGAGGGAAACAACAACAAACUGGAGUGCGUUUCCCGUCCUUUCAAAGGACAACUGUCAGGAAGCCUCAACGGUGCCAGGUGGGAGGGGAGACUUGGCAAGGAGAGAUGUCAUGGCAAAACUAGGAAAAGAGACAUUCUUAGCUCUUCUCUUUCCUGGUGUGCCAUGAUCCAGGGAAUGAAAAGAAAUUUGACCCUGGAUUAGUUCCUUCAUUGGAGUUACGGAACGUUACCUUUUCUCAAAGUUCCCCCAGGAUUGGAUGGCUGUCCAUUCUCAGCUCAGGGUAGCCUCUUCAACCACUGUUGGCCCAGCCUGGCUUGUCCCUCAGUAUGAACUUGGCUGCUUUGUGUGGAAUCCAGUUCUGGAGAGCAGGCGUCAAGUCCUUAGCCUUUGUAGCGCUUUAUUCUUUCCAUCUCUCCCUGCGAGGCCAGCCUGACUCGGCCACGCCAUGCAUCUACAGCAGCGUGGCAAGGUGUAGUGAGGGACCUUGAACCUGGCUGGCCAGGAAAGCAGCAGGGGUAGGUAGAGCUGUCGCUCCUUCUGGGCUGUCUCCAUCCGUCUCUAUCCCUUCCAUGCCCCACCCACUCCCACCAAAAAGUAAGAAGUCAGGAUGUUUUCACUGUCCAUUGCUUUGUGUUUUAAUAAACAAUUUGCAGUGA